AUGUUGCCGUUUUCCUACUCGCCGUUGGGACAUUCCGAGCUCCGCCUUAUCAAAAUAGAUCCCGGCCAGCAUGACGAGAGAGUGAGAUGUAGUAUGAUCACACGUCGCAUCAGCACUCAAUCCGACUGGACUUAUCAGGCGUUGUCUUACACGUGGGGAGAUGGGACAAGAAAAGUGCCUAUAUUCCUUAAUGGGCAGGAUUUUCUGGUCACGACAAACCUUGAGGAUGGGCUGAGACAUAUGAGAUGCAAAACAUGGUCUAAGUCACUGGACCAGUUGCCACUGUGGAUCGAUGCCAUAUGUAUCAACCAAGAAGACAGCGAUGAGCGAGACGUGCAGGUCCGGCGAAUGAAGUCGAUCUACGAACAGGCAGAGCGGGUUAUUAUCUGGCUUGGCAGCUACAACGAGAGGACUGAUGAAACUUUCCGACUUGAUCUGAAUAGAUGGAAUAUAGACGGAGUAGAGGAGAAUUCAGAAGCGAUGGCUCGCUCAGCCAUUGUGCUGGCCUUGUUGUUUCAUCGCCCAUGGUUUGAACGUCUUUGGAUUAUUCAAGAACUUGCUGUGUCUCGCAAGGCAAUU